UUGUCCAGCGUAUAUAAAAGGCUGAGGCCCUGGUCAUCAUGAUUACAUGCUUCAAGCAGGACUGCAAGCAGCAAAACAAGUCCCUCAACCUCUACCAACUCGAUAGGUCUCAGACACUCUCUUCACAGAGGCAUUCUUGGCCAUUAAUUGGUAGCAGGAAAACCAGUAAUCCAGUGCCAUGCCACCUCAACACCCGUCUCAGAGCCCGUCUGGUCCUCGCAUUGUGCAGGGAGACCUGGCAUCCCUGGCCCCGGCUGUAAGGGAGUUCAUUGAGAGCAGCGUAGCGCUGUGCCAACCCGAGUGCCUGCAUGUCUGUGACGGCACAGGGGAAGAGAACCACACUCUUCUCACCCAGAUGGAAGAGCAGGGAAUGAUCAAGAAGCUCCGGAAGUACGAGGACUGCUGGCUGGUGCGAACAGACCCCAGGGACGUGGCACGGGUGGAGAGCAGGACGGUCAUCGUGACCCAGGAGCAGAGGGACGCCGUGCCCUGUCCUGUGGGCGGAGGUGUGUCUCAGCUCGGGCGCUGGAUGAGCCCUAAGGAGUUCGAUAAAGCCUCCGCUCAGAGAUUUCCUGGCUGCAUGAAAGGUCGCACCAUGUAUGUGAUCCCCUUCAGCAUGGGCCCCGUGGGAUCUCCGCUCUCCAAGAUCGGCGUGGAGCUGACGGACUCCCCGUACGUGGUGGCCAGCAUGCGUGUGAUGACCCGCAUGGGGAAGGCGGUCCUGACGGAGCUGGGCCAGGGAGAGUUCGUGCGCUGUCUGCACUCCGUGGGUUGCCCCCUUCCACUCAAGAAUCCUCUGGUAAAUAACUGGCCUUGUAACCCCGACCUGACGUUGAUAGCUCACAUCCCAGACCGAAGACAGAUUGUAUCAUUCGGGAGUGGCUACGGAGGGAACUCCCUUCUGGGGAAGAAGUGUUUUGCCCUCCGCAUCGCCUCCCGCAUUGCAAAGGAAGAAGGCUGGUUGGCUGAACACAUGCUGAUCCUUGGUAUCACAAACCCUGCUGGGCAAAAGAAGUAUAUGGCAGCUGCAUUCCCAAGUGCCUGUGGUAAAACCAACUUGGCUAUGCUCAGUCCCACGCUGCCUGGUUGGAAGGUGGAGUGUGUGGGGGAUGACAUUGCCUGGAUGAAGUUUGAUUCUGAAGGAAACUUGCGAGCCAUAAAUCCAGAGAAUGGUUUUUUUGGGGUUGCCCCGGGAACCUCUGGAAAGACCAAUCCCAAUGCCAUGGCAACCAUCUGUAAGAACACCAUUUUCACAAACGUAGCAGAGACAAGCGAUGGGGGGGUGUUCUGGGAGGGUAUGGGCCAAACCCUGCCUGAAGGGGUAUCCGUCACGUCCUGGAAAAACAAACCCUGGACAGAGGAGGACAGUGGAGAUGAGCCCAGCGCCCAUCCAAACUCGCGCUUCUGCACCCCCGCUCAACAGUGCCCCAUCAUCGACCCGCUGUGGGAGUCCCCUGAAGGGGUACCUAUAGAGGCCAUCAUCUUUGGCGGUAGGAGACCUGAAGGUGUUCCUCUAGUGUAUGAGGCCUUUAACUGGCAGCAUGGUGUGUUUGUGGGCGCUGCCAUGAGAUCUGAGGCCACUGCUGCGGCUGAGUACAGAGGAAAGGUGAUCAUGCAUGACCCCUUUGCCAUGCGUCCCUUCUUUGGCUACAACUUUGGCGAUUACUUGGCCCACUGGCUGAGCAUGGCUCGGCGCCCCGAUGCCAAGCUUCCCAAGAUCUUCCACGUCAACUGGUUCAGAAAGAGCCCCACCGGAGGUUUCCUCUGGCCGGGCUUCGGCGAGAACGUCCGCGUGCUCGAAUGGAUGUUCCGUCGGCUCAACGGAGAGUCCGGGGCGAUACCUUCUGCCGUCGGCUAUCUCCCCGCCCCCGGCGCUCUCAACCUGUCUGGCCUACAGGAGGCGUUGGAUCUGGAUCAGCUGUUCCAUCUCUCCAGAGAGUUCUGGGAGAAGGAAGUUGAGGACAUCCGAUCUUAUUUCCACAAAGAGGUGAACGAUGACCUGCCAAAAGAGGUACGGAUGGAGCUGGAACAACUGGCGAGAAGAGUACAACGCUUGUGAACGACAGACAAUUUCUUAGCAUUGUUAAUCCACUGUAGCUUUAAAUGCCUUUCAAAAACCCUUAUAUUUAGAAUGUUAGUUCAUCUGAGCACAGAAUCUGUAAAACUGUUUGGAUUCAACAUACCGGACAUUUUAUGACACGCUAACGCUCUCACACAUCUGUUCUGUUAGCGUUCAAUCA